AUGCUCCCGGCGUACUUCGCCAUCCGGGCGUUCAACAUCGAGCUGGCCAGAAUCCCCGACGUCGUAUCAAUGCCUCAAAUCGGAGCGAUGAGGAUGCAAUUCUGGAGAGACACCAUCGACAAGAGCUUCAAGCUCACUCCGCCGUCGGAGCCCGUGGCCAUCCUGAUCGCGUCCUACCUCAAGCAAGGCCACAAGCUCAACAAGACGUGGUUCCAACGCAUCAUUACCGCCCGAGACCGCAAGUUGACGCAUCCGGGAUUCACCAAUCUGUCCGAGCUCGAAUCUUACGCCGAGUCAACAUACUCGACGCUCCUUUACCUGACGCUCUCGGCACUACCCCUGAAGUCGGUGGAGGUGGACCACCUGGCAUCUCACGUCGGGAAAGCCGCAGGCAUCGCUGCCGUUCUCCGUGGUGUCCCACUACUUGCAUUUCCCCCUCCACCCAAUACACACUCGGUCAACCCACCUCAAAUGGGUGGCGGCACGCGAGAGCGACAAGGCGUGGUUACCCUCCCUCUGGACGUCAUGUCCCAAUGCGGCGUCCAAGAAGAGGACAUAUUUCGGAAUGGCGCGAACGCUGUCGGUGUCCGCGAUGCCGUCUUCACGGUCGCCACUCGCGCAUCCGACCAUCUCAUAACGGCCCGCGAGUUGCUCAAGAACCUCCAACAAUACCGCGAUCCGGGCCACGAAUUCGAGCACAUGUACGACGAAGGGCACGGAUACACCAAGUACGACAUUGGCGAGCGCACGUCGGCGGAACGGCGGAAAGAAGACAUCGACAAGGGGUUUGGCAUCGUAAUGGGGCCAGCCGUCAGCGCACAAUUGUGGCUGGACCGGCUGCAGAAGGUCGACUUUGACAUUUUCCACCCUGACCUGAGACGUGUCGAGUGGAAGCUGCCGUUCGUGGCGUGGUUGCGGAACAGGCGUGGCAAGCUCUGA